GUCUUAUAUAUAUAUAUAUAUGAUUGAACUGACACUCUCUGCCAACCCACGUUCCAAAGCAAAACGCACCAAACAGCACCGAUGUCGACUACAUUCUCUUCCCUUUCCGAGGAUCUCAACUCACCGAUCUUACCACCAUCAUCAAAAACUUCCAAUGAAACUGAAAAAAUCUGCAUCGAUGAGAUGCUUGAGAAAUACUGUGGUGAGUUUGGAAAAUGGCAGCUGAAACACUUCAUUCUCACAAGUCUUGCUUGGGCGUUGGAAGCUUUUCAUACUAUGGUUAUGAUUUUUGCUGAUAGGGAACCUGAUUGGAAGUGUGUUGAAGGUAUGGAGUGUUCCGCCAAUGGAAGUGUCUGCGAUAUGGCAUCGUCGUCGUGGCAGUGGGUUGCUGGUGAAGGUGCUUCUACGGUGUCUGAAUGGAGUUUGAUUUGUGGUGAUAAGUUUAAGAUUGGACUUGUUCAAGCUCUUUUCUUUGCUGGGUGUAUGAUUGGAGCUGGAGUAUUUGGACACCUUUCAGAUUCAUCACUAGGAAGAAAGGGUUCUCUCAUAGUUGUUUGUGCCCUAAACACCAUAUUUGGCUGCUUAACAGCAUUCUCCCCUAAUUAUUGGAUCUAUGUCCUCCUCCGCCUCCUCACCGGUUUCAGCACUGGCGGUGUUGGCCUUUGCGCCUUCGUCCUUGCCACCGAGCCCAUUGGCCCAUCAAAACGUGGCAUGGCAGGAAUGUCCACCUUCUACUUCUUCUCGAGUGGCAUAGCAAUUCUCUCUGGCAUUGCCUACACCUUCCAAACAUGGCGCACACUCUACAUUGUUUCCUCCAUCCCUUCCAUCCUAUACAUAAUCCUUGUCCUUCCCUUCAUCUCUGAGUCCCCAAGAUGGUACCUUGUUCGAGGAAGAAUAAACGAAGCGACUACACUCAUGUCCACCAUUGCUUCUUUCAAUGGGAAACACCUCCCAGACGGAGUUGUCCUCGCACUUGAUGAAGAGGUAUCAAAUUCAAAAAAAUCAACAAGUGAUCUUGAAUACAACCUAAUUAGCUACGUGGAAAACAAGGAUGCACAAGUUGGAUCCAUUAUUGAUGUGAUUCGCUACCCAGUUACACGUAUUAGGUUAUUUCUAGCGAUAGCUCUUAAUUUCUUAGCCUCGGUGGUGUAUUAUGGUCUUAGCUUAAACGUUACAAACCUCGAAACCAACCUCUACAUGAACGUGCUUCUAAAUGCAGUCGCAGAGAUGCCAGCAUUCACGAUAACCGCAGUGUUAUUGGAUAGGUUUGGAAGGAAACCAUUGACAAUAGGGACAAUGUGGUUUAGUGGAUUCUUUUGUUUGCUGGGGAGUUUUAUGGGUAAUGUAGGGGUGUGGAAAGUAAUUAAAUUGGUGUGUGGUGUUUUAGGGAUAUUCGGAAUGGCGGGAACUUAUAACUUGUUGUUUAUUUACACAUCAGAGUUGUUUCCUACGGUGGUGAGGAACGCAGCGCUAGGGAGUGCGACACAAGCCGCGCAAAUGGGGGCGAUUUUGGCGCCUUUUGUGGUCGUUUUAGGUAGUUGGUUGCCGUUCGGAGUAUUUGCGGUAUGCGGCAUUUUAGGUGGGAUGUUUGCAUUUUAUCUGCCGGAGACACUGAAUAUGCCUCUUUAUGAUACAUUCAAUGGAUUGGAGGCUGGACUUGCAUGAUGCUAUUGCUAGAUAGUUGUCUGUUUUUACAGUUAUUAUGUAUACAUACAUGUUCUUUGAUGAUGCAAAUGUUGAGAUGAAUUAAUGAAGAAUGAUGCCAACUCUAGUGAGUUGAAUAUUAAAGAAAAAUGUUCUUUGUAGUUUUGUUGUCUCGGGUAUCAUAAUUCUUUUUGACAUUUGGUUUUGAUAUAGAUGAAAACAAUGAUUCAAGGAGUUUA